AAGAGGUAAGAACCAGACAGGCAAGGCAACCAUUGGAAGAAGCAAAAGGGGACAUUAGUUGCAAAGGAGAACCCUAAAUCGUCAUCCUCUUCUUCUUCUGUGGCUGUCACAGAAAUCACGUGAUUUUUUCCCCUUAGCCUCAUCGAUUCCACGAUUAAGUACGAAACACCAACGAACUUUGAUUCUGGCUGCCAAAAAUUAAGAGGGCCACUGCCACUCGGACUUGCGGGUCGUUGAAUCUCAAGUAAGCUUCGAAUCUCAUCUCUCUCACUUCACAAUCCACGAGGGUUUUUUCCUCUCGGAUUUCAAAAUUUUCCGGUGAAUUUAAUAGAUGGUUGGGUGUUGGUUGACAUUUAUAGCUGCGUUUUGAGAUGAUUGACUUCGCGGGUCAUGCGAAAGUUAGCUCCUUUUUAUAUGUUUCAUGUGUCUGAAGAGCAAUUCUAGAUCUGAGUUUUAGGGUUUAGGGCACAAAGUCUGCGAAUUUCGUGAGCAGAAAACAUGGGUCAUAAGUUCUGGGAGAAUCAGGAAGAUCGAGCGGUGGUGGAGUCCAUUAUUGGGUCCGAAGCUUGCGAGUUCUUAAUCUCGUCGGCUUCGAACAGUUCUCUGUCCAAAUUGGUCGUGCCCCCAAAUGAUCCCAAUCUGCAACAAGGUUUACGCCAUGUCGUCGAAGGUUCGGAUUGGGAUUACGCCAUCUUCUGGUUGGCUUCGAGCCUCAGCAACUCCGAUGGUUGCCUCUUGAUCUGGGGCGAUGGCCAUUGCCGUGCUCCAAAGGGCAAAAGGGGAAUUUCGAAUGAUGUAGAUCCGAAGCAAGAAGAGGUGAAAAGGCUUGCGCUUCAGAAGCUUCACAUGUCAUUUGGUGGCUCAGACCAUGAUAAUUCAAUGGCGCAGUUGGAAGGUGUAACUGAUCUUGAGAUGUUUUUUCUCGCAUCCAUGUAUUUUUCGUUCCGUUGUGAAUCGGCUAAGUAUGGCCCUGCUGGGAUUUAUACGACUGGGAAGCCGCUUUGGGCAGCGGAUUUGCCGAGCUGUUUGAAUUAUUACCGGGUUAGGUCGUUCUUGUCGAGAUCAGCGGGGUUUGAGACAGUGCUGUCUGUACCAGUGAAGUCCGGGGUUGUGGAACUCGGUUCCUUCAGGACGAUUCCAGAAGAUAAGAGUGUGAUAGAGAUGGUGAAGGCAGUGUUUGGGGCAGCCGACCCUAUUCAGACGAAAGCAGCUCCAAAGAUCUUCGGUCGGGAACUGAGCCUUGGCGGGUCGAAACCACAGACAAUGAGCAUAAACUUCUCCCCUAAGAUGGAGGAUGAUUCUGGUUUUUCCCUGGAGUCCUAUGAUGCGAUCGGAGGUUCAAACCAAGUAUAUGGUUACGAGCAAGGGAAAUACGACGUGUUGUGUCUAACCGACGAGCAGAAGCCGAGGAAGAGAGGGAGAAAACCGGCAAACGGGAGGGAAGAGGCUCUGAACCACGUGGAAGCAGAACGGCAGCGGAGGGAAAAGCUUAACCAGAGGUUUUACGCCUUGAGAGCCGUCGUGCCCAACAUCUCGAAGAUGGAUAAGGCUUCACUACUCGCGGACGCAAUCACUUAUAUCACUGACCUGCAGAAGAAAAUCCGAGUUUUUGAAACCGAGAAACAGAUAAUGAACAGGAGGGAGAUUAAUCAGACACCUCCUGCAGAGAUCGAUUUUCAGCAAAGGCAAGAUGAUGCGGUCGUGAGGCUAAGCUGUCCGUUGGAGACGCAUCCUGUUUCAAAAGUGAUACAAGCGUUCAGAGAGAAUCAAGUCACGGCCCACGAUUCUAACGUGACCGCGACAGAGGAUUGCAUGGUUCAUACGUUCAGUGUCCGAGCUCAGGACGGUGUUACGGCAGAGCAGUUGAAGGAGAAGCUCGCGGCGUCGUUUUCGCAGUGAGCAAACGGUCUGUUUAGCUUCCCAUCUUAUUCGUCUCUUUUGUAAUAUUGUUACAGUAACAGUAACUAGUGACGUACCUUGUCUACUGUUUUUGAGUUUUAACUCUUGUUCUGUAUCUUA